AUGACCAAACACCAACCCCCAGAACAGUCGUCGGAGCUAGCUUCCAUAACCGAAAGUGAGCAUAAUCUUAAUGACUGGAGCACACAGAGUUACACCUUUAGCAAGAAAAGCUUCCAAGGACCAGAUGUUAGAUCGUUUGAUAGCUCUAUCAGCGAUUUAGGUCUAACGGAAAAUGAUACCCAUAAUACUCAGCUACAUUUACAAGAGGAUCGACCAAUGCCAGUUCCCUAUCAGAUAUCACAGCCAAUCUAUUUCGAUAAUAGCCUAGACAUUGAUAAUCAGAGCCUGGCUCCUUCAGACUUCUAUGACAGCUCCUUUGUGAUGCCUCAAGUAGCAGUACCUUCGACCAAAAACAGCGAAACCUUGGUGGCUGAUAGCGAUGUCGGAUACAUUAAAAUCCUUGUCUGCGGUGAUUCAGGAAUUGGAAAGACCUCGUUAACCAACAUGUUUCUGCGCGCCAAUGAAAUUGUUGCCGUUCAACCUGUUGCAGAAACCGAAGGGGACACUCGAUCCAUAUGUUCGAACAUCGAAGUGUCGACAGCGGAUGAAAAGAAAUCAGUUGAAAGUGAUUUUGAAUUCGAAGGGUUGAAAGAAAUUAGAGCUUCGACUGGAAGCAAAGAUGAUAGCAACUUUGACUUACUCGAUUCCGGAGCUGAUUCCGAUGUCAUUGAUCCGAUAUAUAAUAUAUGCAUGGUUGAUACCAUUGGCUAUGGAGCUUAUAUGGACGCAAGCGCCAUCAUUUCACCAGUUGCAUCUUACCUGGAGCAACAAUUUCAAAUCACCAAUUCCAUUUUCAGCCCUAUGCAGCCUAACACCAGCACACUGCUACGCAUAUUAAAUAAUGGUUCAGGAGCCUACACGCACGUUGACAUCUGUUUGUACAUAAUUUUCAAUCGUGUAAAGCCCGUGGACUAUGAGUAUAUGCGUUCCAUACAACACCUCUGCAACAUAGUACCAGUCUUAAUCAAACCGGAUUCCUACAACAAUGACCAGAUGGACAAUCGACGAUACGAAGUGUUGUAUGACCUCCUUGACAACAACAUAGAUGUCUUUGGUUUUGGCCACUGUCGAGAAGAUCUACUGGAGAUGUGUCGACGAGGAAACCCUGGAGUUCCACCUUUCAUCGUCAGCCUGGAUCAAACAUCCAAUGCCGAUAUGUUGACUCCCUUCACUUCAAUGCCACUGAUAAACAUGACAUCAACUGGUCCUGAAAGCGAACAUCAAAGUUCACUCAACAGCAGUACUACGAGGUCGUCAAAUUUUCAAGCUCUAAAAGACAUGAUUUUCCACAAAGGGAUAAACAGUAUCCGGCAGAGUACUGCCAGAAAAUUUAUAAAGUGGAGAUCGGCCCAGUUAAUGCAAGGACCGCCUUUUGAUGCGUUGAAUGACGGCACAUCUGGAUCACAACGUGAUUUAGCAAUGAUAACGGCACCAACGUUGACUACAGCAGAGUCUGUAGAUCGUAUGCAACAGGUCAAGCAAGCCGAAGUGAAAAAGAUCAACCUUUAUAUCGCUAGGUUCAUUAGUGACAAACGAAAGGAGAUGGAGGAGCGAAUGAUCGAACAGGAAAAGCAACUGAAGAAGCAGCUCGACUCAGCAAGCUAUAAACGAAGAGCCCAUCUGUUACUGGCGGAACUCGCUAAACUCUUGCUUCACAAACCAAUGGAUCAGUCCCAAGUAUCUACUAUUCCACCAACCCGAGAGAGGAAUAUGACAUCCAAUCGAGAACAGAAGAAAUGGCCAAAACCAGCAGCCUCCAAUGCUUUCGAGAGAGCUUUACAGUCUAUGGUUCAACCAGAGAAAGUGAAGAUUGCGACUGCAUUUAUCAUACUUCUGGUGGCUGACUACCUUGGUCCAUGGGCCUAUAUCCUAUCCAUUUGCAUCCUGUACUGUUUGCCAUAG